CUCAAAGCACCAAGUAUUAGGUCAUGUGCUUUUUCGUUUCUACACACCCCUCUUUGAUUCCCCGAAAUGCAUUGUAGUGAUUGAUCUAUGCAUAUCGGCAUGACGCGUCUUUGUUAUUUUUGAGUGUAAACAUAAAACGUGCACGGACGUGUAUAGAUCACUUUGAAUUCAAGUCGAAGUUUCGUGGCAAAUGUAACUUCACUAUACGGUGGACUUUGCAAACUACCCAAAAUGCCAGUGGGUGCGAUUAUACAGCUCGUCUCCAAAUCUGUUGAACUAGUAACAAACCUGGCAAAACUAAAAGAGGCCCGUGAUGCAGCGAAGGCAAAGAAGACUCAAGUUAGGAAUACAACGAUAGUUGCCAUUCCAUAUCAGGUUGACACCACAGACAAAGGAUUAAGAAUGUUAUUAAACGAAAAAGACCUUCGUAGUUGUAUUAGUUUGUUCAAUGAAGGACUAGGAAUGCUUAUGGUGGCUUUAAACCGAAUUCGUGAGCGGCCUGAGUCAUGUGACCGAAUGGCUCGUGAGGAAAAUGUCCUUGACCUUGGAGCCGUUGUCUGUGAUGUAUUCUCGGCCGUCCUCAAUGAACUGAAAAUCGUUUCAAAAGAGAGCUUCGAAUGGGCUAAAUCGUCUUUCAAGUCAGCGCGGGAAGAUGCUACAAGAGCUUACGUCAAUGAGGCGCUAAACACAGAAAAAAGACUGCUCGCUGCAAUGGUCAGAAUCUUGAGUUCACUUUUGGGAUGUUUGGACGAACCAGAAACAGCUGUCGCCGCUUGCCAAAUGUAUCUCAAAGAAUUAAACGACAUGCCCUGUGUUUCCCAAGCGCUUAUGAGCGUCCUCCGAGAAAUUAAUCAUGACAAGAGCAACGGCCUCUACGAAAAGGAAUAUACAAAUAAGGUGUUAACCACUGUUGUCAAUAUCAACUGUAUCGUGUUUCAUUUCACAGAAGCGCGAGCCAAACAUCUCCUUCAUUAUUCAACGUGGCCAAGGUUAAAAGUCAGCAGCACGAUUUCCGUUCAUCCCAUACGAAGCGCUGGCUUACGCGCGUUAACCGACCAAACAGAUCAGGCGCAAUUGGAAAUCCAUUCCGAAUCGAUUUUCUUUAACGAAAGCAUAGACGCCACCGACAUGGCUGUCAACAGCGCUGGUGAUUGCAUUGUUCUAGGCUUGAAUAACGAGAAAAACACUGUUGUUCGUGUUUACAACAACGUCGGAGAGUUUCGUUUCGAAAUUACGCCGCCCGAAGCCGAGUCAAGCGGGGCUAACGUUGAAUUCACGCCACGUGCAGUUUUUACGGACAGCGGGCAUUACAUCUACCUUCACGUGAUGACAAGUCAAGCGUCGGACGAUGAUGAUAGUUCAUCUUUGUUUGUCUUCAACGAGGAAGGAGCCUUUCAACGAAUCAUUUCAGUUAAACGUGGUUACAUGGCUUUGGAGAAGAAUGCAGGCAGAAUAUUCAUUUCAAACAGGAGACGCAUUUUCAUUUACGAGAACAAUGGCGAAUUGUCGCAAAAUUUUGCAAUUCCUGGAAAUGUGCACGGCUCGUUCUGUCAAAUAUCUGUGUGUGGAAUGAACACGCUUCUCCUGACCAGCACUUACGACUCAAAUGUUUAUCUUUUAAACCAUUCCGGUUCUGUAAAGCAACAGUUUGAAGUGGGGCAGGCUCGAGGAUGGAAGUUCAUCGCCUUUAAUCAUAUCAGCAAAGAAUUAAUCGUUUCAUAUUUGUCCAAAGACCUGACCAACUUUCAACUUGACGCUUUUCUGGAAAAUGGCCAGCCUCUGGGAACAGUCCAACUGCCGAGAGCUCUACCGUCUCAUCCGAGGUCCAUGUUGGUAACAAUGAAUGGUCAAAUUGCCAUUCUUUAUGAAAACAGUGUGCAUUUACUUUGAACAAAUACAAAGAUUUUACAUGCUCGCAAGAUCUUUUCUUUACGACGAUAUUUUCCUCUGAAUACGGCGCAGGGAUUUUAAGUUUGCAUUCGACAAUUUCGAGAUCUUAAAAAGGAUUUAGCGAAAAUUGAUAGUGAUAAAAGGGAUAUUGUAAUUGGAUAUUGAUUCUGUUAACACAAAAUAGGUUUUCCACUUGUUUAGUUUUUGAGUCAGCAAAUUGCCGAAUUUCACUGAUUUGAAUGUUCAGCACCGCAGCAGGCUGAUGUAAUUAAAAACAUUAUUCCCAGCGAAUUCGAUGGCUACCUUAAGAACCAAUGAUAGAUAUAUACGCUAAAAACAUAUGUAUGAAAUCUUCAAUUAGAUAAUAAAUAAGAAUUCUAUCUUUUGA